CAGCUCAGCACGUGAUUGGAUGAUGACGUCAGAAGCCGGUGCCUGUAAAUUGAAGUGACCUUCUUCCCGUCCGCCAGACCCGCUCAUCAUCAGAAGCAGCUCAAACCUACACAGAAGAAGAGGUUCAUCUCCACAUAUACGAAUCAAAAGCUGACUAUGGGAGACAUUGGCAAGGGAAAGAAGGCCUUUGUCCAGAAGUGUGCUCAGUGCCACACAGUAGAGGAAGGGGGCAAGCACAAGGUGGGCCCAAACCUCUGGGGUCUGUUCGGCCGCAAGACAGGACAGGCAGAUGGCUACUCAUACACAGAUGCCAACAAGAGUAAAGGUAUUGUGUGGGGUGAUGCUACCUUGAUGGAGUACCUGGAGAACCCAAAGAAGUACAUCCCAGGAACCAAAAUGAUCUUCGCCGGCAUCAAGAAGAAGGGAGAGCGCACGGACCUUGUUGCAUACCUAAAAUCGGCAACAUCAUGAGCUGUUAAUUAAAAAUCAAAAUAUUUAAUGCAAUUUUGUUUAUUUUUAGGCAUGCACACGCUUACUAUAUGGUUUUAUGUUUAGUCAUUUUUAUGGUUAAUUUAUGCUGUGUCUGGUUGAAAAAGUGGUACUUCUUAUGAAGAAACAGGUGUCACUUUCUCCUUUGCGAACAAGUGGUGAAGUGGCUAAACAUAAAACUACAGUCUGUUCUUAUUCUUUUUGGCUGAGCUGUACUUUGACUCUAACAAGACGAACAAACCAAUCAUAUUAUUUAAAAUGUCUAUCCAUGAUAUAUUUCACCGUCCGCUUUUCUUUUUUCCAUGACAACACACGUUUGGUUCAUUCUGUUUGCAGAGCCAUGCCUUCAACCCCCUUUUUUUCUUGCAACAAUUGACUUAAACAUCUCACAAUAUUAGUCACAUGAGAGUGAUACAGUGUGGAAAAUUGGUACUUUUGGUGGCUGAUGGAUGCUUAUACUCAAUCAAAUACUAACUUUCAUGCCAACUGGAGUUUCUCAGAGGUGAUGCAGUAAUUAGCUUUCUGCACUCCCUCUAUCUGUCCUCACUUUUUGGUGCUCAGAAACUACCACUUGCCGUGAGUGCUUUUUAAAGAUCAAAUAACAAUAUUUGUCCUUUUAGAAGUUUUAUUCCAACCUUUUAUUGCAUUUUAGGACUCCAAGCAGAGCCUGAUCUGUACGGUUACUGAAGCAGCCCCUUUGAGUUUCUGUUUAUAACCCCUUCCUUCCACCAAACUUUUAGGGUUACACACUGUUUUCUGCCUCAUUACAGCUAAGAAUUGUGGGUCAUACUCUUGUCUACCAAGGCUGUGGAGCUACUGUAUUAUAAAAAAAAUCCUUCAGGGGGCGCCAUCUGGAGUAAGGAAAGAUGUUAUUUACCUGGUUUCACAGGCCUGAAUGAUGCUGUUUUAACUUAUUUUAAUGUAAUCUGAAAGACUAAAUCUGUAACAUAUUUUGAAGGGGCUGCUUGUUGUCCUUAUGUACAGCAGUGUACUGUAUGCACAGAAACAAUGAUAUAAUGUGGUAGCUAUGUUGUGGAGUUGGACAGGAUGGAUGAAGGAUCAUUAAAAAAAAAACAAUGAAAUGUCAA